GUGAAUCCUCUGAAAUGCGCGGCGCCUCCACAGAGUCUCAUUAACAGAGGUGGUGGACUCGUUGGAGCGCAGGCGGUCGGUGAAAACCUGACGGCCACGGAGCAGGCGGCGCAGGCGGCUCUGAAUGUGAGGUGGAAACAGCAGGCAGGAAGAGAUGAGGAGGGUUCGAAGAAAAGGGGCCAACAAGGAGAAAGUGUUUGGGUGUGAUCUGUUGGAGCAUCUGAACACCUCCUCUCAGGAGAUUCCACUGGUGUUACGAUGCUGCAGUGAGUUCAUUGAACGUCACGGCGUCGUGGACGGAAUCUACAGGUUGUCUGGAGUCUCGUCCAACAUCCAGAAACUGAGGAGUGAGUUUGAGAGCGAGGGGACUCCGGAUCUGAACAAGGAUUUGUACCUGCAGGACAUCCACUGUGUCAGCUCCCUGUGUAAAGCUUACUUCAGAGAGCUGCCCAACCCGCUGCUCACCUACCAGCUGUACGACAAGUUUGCUGAGGCUGUAGCCAUUCAGUUGGAGGAGGAGAGGCUGAUAAAGAUCAGAGAUGUGCUCAAAGAGCUUCCAGCUCCUCAUUACAGAACUCUGGAGUUUCUGAUGCGUCAUCUCGUCAAAAUGGCGUCUUAUUCCUCGGAGACCAGCAUGCACGCACGGAACCUGGCCAUCGUCUGGGCCCCCAACCUGCUCAGGUCAAAGGACAUUGAGGCGUCUGGGUUUAACGGCACAGCAGCAUUCAUGGAGGUCCGGGUCCAGUCCAUUGUGGUGGAGUUCAUCCUCACACACGUCCCUCAGCUGUUUCCUGAAGAAGGUGCCCCUUCUGAGAGGAGGAAGUCGCUCCCCUCUCCGUCAGCGAUUUCCAAACAGGACUUGGUGUUUUUCAAGACUUCUCAGCCCAACUUUGGGAACAUCAGUCCAGGAGACGGCCCCCUCCCGAUAAGACCCUACCACGCCAUCAUCGAAGGCACAGACAAGAGGAAAGGAUCGCUGAAAGGCAGGAAGUGGAUGUCCAUUUUCAACAUCAAAGAACGAUUCCCCGACAAACGAUGGAGGCACAAACAAUCAACCAAAGAGAAAGACGUGACUUCCUUGAGACCUGCGAGAAGCAUGGACUCCCUCAGCACUCCGUCCUAUUCAAACGAAGCGUCCAGACGUUCUGGCCAGCGUCUCCCGUCCACCAGCACGUCUCCCAUCGUCUCCACCUCCACUCAGCCUGCCUCAGAAGUCGCUGUGUCUCCUGGUGGGAUUGGUGGCAGUGAAUACGCUGUGACCUACCGCAGAGGGACAGGUUUAGUGAGUGGCGGCGCGGGGAUCCAGGGCACAUACACGGCUCUUGACCCUGAAAGUUUAGGGAUACUGGGAAGUGACAGCGUCCAGUCCAGAUCGCCAGGGCUCUCCAGUAAAGCUGGUCGAAGAGCAGCCAUGCACAUCACAGGUCCCACAUUGGUCACCGUGCCGCUACACAUCACCUCCAACUUGGCAUUAGGGGUGCUGCAAGGAGGAGGCAGUGAUAGGAUCGUCCACAGAGGAAGAGAAAAGGACGGAGGGGACAAACUGGACGGGAAAGACGGGGUAGAAAAGAAGGAGAGAAGGGAGUGCAGAGGAAUGGAGUGGAAUGUUGAAGAGCCCAAAAAGAUGGAGGAAAAGGAGGAACGUCCAAAAGAAAAGGACAAAGAAGAGACGAAAGAGGAAGCGGCAGGUGAAGGAGCAGGAGAGGAGGAAGAGUUGAGCAAACUGAAGCAGGAGACGGUGAUGGGAGACCAAGAUGUGCCUGAGCAGCAAGACGCUGAAAGCUUCAACAGAGAGGAAGAGGAUGGUGAAGAUGCUGCUGCUAAUGACCAAGAUGCACAAGAUGCAGAUGAUGAUAAUGAAUAUAUGGUAAUGAUGGGAACAGAGUUGACGGAUCAUCAGCCAGCAGCGGCAGCGCCACACCACGGAGACGACGGCGAGUUGGAUUCUUUUCACUUACUUAACUCGACUGAAGUGGAGGACGACCACAAGCUGUCCGGCUACAUCCAAGAUAACUUUGAGUUCCUGGACCAGAUGGACUGCAGCGUCAUGGACCACAUGGAGUGUGGCUUGUCCUAUCAGGUGAACGAGUUCUCCGUCGAGCCUCCUGGUCACUCGGACGACGAGUAUGAAAUCAUGAACCAGUCUCACUCGUCCCAAAUGCUCUCUUUGGUGAGUCCAGUUGAACCCACCCUGAGUCCGAUAGAGUCCAAUCAGCACAGACCCCUCAGCCUCGACCUAAACAGUCGACACACUAAAUCCCUCAGCUUGCCCUUCGCGACCUCCCCCAUAAAGGGGCCGGACGAGUCCAGCUCUGAAGAACCUUCGGAGGUCGACAGCGAUGAAAUCGAUUACAGCAGCGAGGACGACGAGAGCAUGUUCAUGAGGAGCCUCCCACCUGAUUUCUUCCUGAACAAUUUGUCCGGGUUGAAAGUGGACGCGGACAACACGGAUACCCAACACUGUUCCAGUCCUGACGAGGACCCCGUACAGGAGUUACAUAGUUCUGAAAGGAAACCCUCCGAGUCAUCGGACCUCGACCUUUCUGCUCACAAAGAAACAGAAGCUGCAGAUGAGGAAGGUGGAAGUGAUGAAGACGGACUGGAAGAGAAGCAGAUAAAGGAAGUGGACGAUAACAAAGACGAGGUUCAUCAUGAAAGAGAUCAAAUGGAAGACGAAACACAAAGUGUUGCAACAAGCAUUGGCACACAAAGUGAAAAAUCUGUGUCAGCAUCAAGAAGCUGCUGUGUGGAGUUUCUGCAGCCAAGCAACGAGGACAGUGAUGAGUCAAAUGCUGAAACAACGGCUGAGGACGUAAAGGAAGCUGCUGAAAUUCAUCCCAGUGAUUCUCCUCAUUCCCCUCCUUUCCUAGAGAAAGAAACUCCUCUGACAGAGGAAUCUAGAGACACCUUAUCUCCAGCACAACAUACAGAAGGCUGCUUUAGAGAAGAUGAAACAGGAAGAGAUGAUGCAUGUGAACAAUGUGUUUUAGAAAAACCUGAAGAGGGAAGCAGUGAAAGAGCAGCUGACCAAAACCACGAGCAGGACGUUAGAAUCUGCAGAACAAACAGUGACAUUUGGAGUGAGUUUGAGGACGUUGUUUGUGAAGUGAUAGAGGACGAGGAAAAGGAGCAGAGGGAGGCAGCUGCUGCUGCGCAGGCAGAUAAAGACGGAGAGGAGAAAACAGAGUUGGAAGCUGUGGCAAACAAGACAGAAGUUAGAGAAGACGAGGAGGAACCACAAGAGACAAAUGCAGGAAAACUCACAGAGGAAGAAACAACAACCGAGGAGAAAGACACUUUUCAUCAAGAAUUGGAGCAUAAACACAGAGAAGGAGUGGACAGAGACAAGGAGGAGGUUGACACACAGAGAGAUGAAUGCACAACCCCACCGCAGGUACACAAAUGGUCACCGGCGGUGACUUCUGAUCUAAAGGAUUUAAAGGAAAACGAUAAUUGUGACACUUACAGCCCGGCAGGCAUCGGGAGAAAGCUGGUUGUUUCCAAACAGCUGAAGGUUCACCAAGUCAAAGCGGUGCCUGUCGUGCCUCCGAAGCCUCAGUACUGCAGAAUCACCGCCCUGACCCUCCGCCAGCAGCAGCAGCAAAGAGACAGGAGAGACACCUCUCUGAGAGUCCCGGCGGAGCAGGCGCAGAGAGCCGGAGAACCGGCCCGGGACGGGGACAAGGAUGGGGACGGCGAGAGGCCGGCCCUCCUCAGGGAGAGCAGGAGAGAGGGGGUCGAAGGGGCCACGAGGGACACCAGGAGAAACAGCCCCCUCAGCAUGUGUUUUGAUGAGGCGGUUGCCAUAGCAACCAUGAGGAGAGAGAAAGAGCGGAUACGAGAGGGCGAGGCAGAGGGAGAUGGGUUAGGGAAGUAA